AAGAAAGAAUUGCUUCUAACUAACAAGUACUUAUAACUUACUCAAUGGCUGCUCAAAACCAAGUCCAAAUCACCAUUCCUAAAGACCAUAAUGGCCAGAAGCAAACCCCCGAGGAUGAUUUUGACUACUCUCAAAGAGCACAGUGGGUUAGAGCUGCUGUUCUAGGAGCCAAUGAUGGAUUGGUCUCAAUUGCAUCCUUGAUGAUGGGUGUUGGAGCUGUCCAAAAAGACGUAAAGGCCAUGAUACUUAUUGGCUUUGCAGGUCUGUUUGCCGGUGCUUGUAGCAUGGCCAUAGGAGAGUUUGUCUCUGUGUAUUCUCAAUUAGACAUAGAGAGAGCUCAAAUGAAGAGAGACAAAGCAGCAGGAGGACAGAAUCAAGAACAUGAAGAAGGUAACAAGGAACAACUGCCAAAUCCAUUUCAGGCAGCUGUUGCCUCGGCUAUUGCAUUUUCAUUGGGUGCCAUUGUUCCAAUUCUUGCUGCUGCAUUUAUAGCAAAUCAUAAGGUGAGGCUGGCUGUGAUUGUGGCUGCAGUGAGCUUGGCAUUGUUAGCAUUUGGAGGAAUUGGUGCUUUCUUGGGCAGAAGUCCAAUGGUGAAAUCUUGUGCCAGAGUUUUAAUUGGUGGAUGGAUGGCUAUGGCCAUUACCUUUGGCCUUACCAAGCUAAUUGGCUCUAGUACUGGCAUGGAGUUGUGACUGGAGCCUUUAUCUAGUUCAGAAUCAUCUUCUUAAGAAGUCGUUGUUGCAUCAUGCAUGUCCAAUAAAAUCUCAUUUUCUGUAUGAUUCUGAUGCAAAUGCUUAAAAAAAUGGUAUUGAAGUGUUGGCUAUUACAUAUCCAUUUUACUACUGUAAA